AUGGGCAAUUCUUUGUCACCGUCUUCCAAGUUCAGCCGACAUAAUCAUAGCUACAGCAAGCUUGAAUUUUACAAAAAGGUGAAAUCCAGCCAUGGAGGAGAGGAACUGUUGAGUUGUUCGUUUGGCAGCUGGUGUCGGGAGCACAGGCUCAUCUGUGGCUUCUCAGAUAAGGCCGACUACACCUCAAACCGUCAGUCGCUUCUGCAGUUUAAUGGAUCUCUCAACAAACCAGACACAACGGAAGGCCGGUUUUUUCGGAGUGGGUUUAGGUCACGUAGUGAGCUGAUCAUUCACGAGAAAGAGGCUUCUCGUUAUGUUCAUGUCAAACUGCCGAGAGUGUCGUCCACAGAGAUGUCGGCCUAUCUCCGUAACAACAGACCCAGGAGAAAACGGAAGAGUAUUAGAUCAACUCGAGUUGUGGCGUAUCAUGAUAACUUGGUCGUUGUGCAGGUGAGUUCUGACAGACAUGCACCAUUUGCAAAGUUCUACAUGAUAAACUUAGAAACCCCUACUUGCUGUGGCCAUUUUAUCGUCUGCAACAACUUGCGUCGAUGGUACGAGGUGUAUGUGUCACCAAGCUCUACCCAUAUUGUGCUGCGUCCCGACGUGCGCUAUCACUUUCAGGCAGCAGUGUCUUACCAUAUUCAGGU